AUGCUUUGGAAAUUUAUAUCUGGACAAUUACAGUUAAGCCAGAAAAUGCUAGAUCUCUUAGCUUGGAUACCAAGAUUAAUACUAGUGCCAUUAGCGCAUCUCCUAGCCAAUUUUACUCCUUUUACUUAUAUUCUAUCAUUAAGGCAAAAGUUUUCUGAAGUUAUUACUUCCACUUAUAAGAAUGAUGUCCUGAAGCAAGCUGUUUCCAAAGCUGGACACCGUUUUAUUAUCUUUCUAUUUAUAAAUUUAAUUUUCUUGGCUCCAUUUCUACAAUUUGCAGUACGUUUUUCGUUGACUGUUGGAACAAUCUUAGCGUCGCAAGGAAGUUAUUUCUUGUCCCUAUUAGCACCUUUUAUACCAUUUUUGUUAAUUCUACGUAAAGAAGCGAAGAAAGCGUAUAAAGCAUCUGUGUUGAAGUAUAAUCUAAUCAAAAAAUGUUAUCAACACCUUCAGGAGCUACUCAAGAAAGACAACUUCUAUAGAUGCUUAACUUUACAGUUUAAACAAGCGAAAUCACUUAAGCAAAAAGAUCUUGAUAAAUUUAUCGAGAUAGAGCAAUCAGAGAUAGACAACACAAUAAAACCUUACUUAGAAAAGCUUUAUAGCGAAAAUAGAGAGAAGCCAGAAAAUUUAGAUAACAGCGACCUAGUUCAGAUUUCCAAGCUCUGUAUUUAUCCAUUCCUUUACAUCGAUGAUCAAAAAAUAGAGCAAAAGAAUAAGACAGAAUCAGAUUGUAAAUAUGGUUUACAUUUUAUUGCUGUAAUCAGCGGAGAAGAGGCGACUGCUAACAGUAAUGACAAAAUUAUCAAACUUGAUUCAAUCUUUGAUCGUAUGGAGACUUCCACACAAGAAAUUAUCACCCAUUCGUUAUUAACGAAAGUCUUUGCAGGGUAUGGCGGAGGUAUUAUGGCUAUCACAAAGGACAGCUAUCAUGACAUCGAAAAACUUUUUGGUGGAGAGUAUCAUCACCUAUUGCAGUUUAUUAUACAGCAUUUACAUAUGAUUGCUAUUUCCCUCAUUCAUCUAUUAGGCCUGUACUUGUAUCAUAAGGAAGCUGGCCAAAAUCCUAGUCUAAGCUCAACUCUGUCUGUUUUACUAACUUCUCAUACAUUUAUGCAAGGUGCUAAAGCAUCGAUUCAAGACGGUAAAACCUUGCUACAUUCAGAUGACAUGUGCCAACAAAUUGAACACGAAAUCAUAAAAUAUAUCUUUCACUUAGCUGAGAAAGUGGAGUCUUUAUCUAGUAAGAAAGCAUUAGAAACUACCACCCCAACAAGCCGGAACAAACAAUGUCAUGACGAUCAAGCCGCAAAUAAUGCUUAG